GUGGUUCAGGAUGGUAAGAAAGAAAUGGCACGGAAGGACUGACAGCAGUGUCUCCUUCUCAGAACAGCAGCUGGAUUUUAUUUCACAGAAAAGCAGACCUCGCUGGGCAGUAAAAUACACAGACGUUUAAAUGUGAAACAGAGAACCUUCAGAUGCAGAACACGUCAAAAUUUCCUGUAAUUUUCAUUUCAGUUUCGUCCCCCAUUUACUUUCAGAUCGCAUGUUAGACACUUUUUGUUGUGAUAACCAUGGCAUCCAUCUGGAUUGUGCUUGUGCUGUGGAUAUUUGUUAAUUCCUUGAUAAAAGUGAUUCAAGCAUCAUCGUGUGCUACGAUUCACACUCCUGCCACACUGGUGCUCGCUGGAUCACCCGUGUCAGUGUCCUGCUCCAUCGACGAUGACUGCCCGCUGACCAAAGGAAAAAACUUUCAUGUGGCGUGGAAAAUUAACAAGCAUUUUCUACCCAGCAAUCUCUCCUAUCAGGAGAGCAACAGGACGUAUGGGGUAAUCAUCCCUAGUCUACCAGAACCGGACACAUUCAUCACUUGUGCUGUGUGUGAAGAGGAGAACUGCCUUAUUGUCAACGGAGUGCAAGUGAAAACAGGAUAUCUUCCAUCCGUUCCUAAAAACCUAAGCUGCUCUUUGAAUGUAACAUCCAACGAAAGAUUACUGUGUCAGUGGGAUCCUGGUCAGACAAAUCUUCCUACAAACUAUACGCUUCGCAUAUUUGGGGUCGCGUCAAAAAAGGUUACAUCUAAGAAAUAUUUCAUUCCAUCUAAAGCACAUUUCUUCUUGAUUCCACGGGGAUCUUAUGCUUUAUUAUCAGAGGUGGAGAUAAAUGUGACAGCAGUGAAUGUCUUAGGAAACUCCACCUCUGAAACCCUGAGGCUGAUACCAAUGGAAACAGCAAUAUUCGACCCUCCUGAGAUAACCAGGAUUGAAGAAGAUGUGCCGGGCUGCUUAAAUUAUAGUUGGAUUCUUGCAAAAGCUCAGCAAUGGUUGACGACUGCCAUCAGUUUAGAGUUCAGACUGAAAACAGUAAAUGGCCAGCAAGACAAAGAGAUGGUUUUGCCCUUCACGAAAAAACAUGGAAGCAAAAUUAAUGUUUGUGACCUUUUUCACGGGACAAAUUACAGCGCCACAGUGCGAGUGACGUAUAAUUCAUCGAGUAAAUGGAGUAAAUGGAGUAAAUGGAGUGAUCCGAAAACAGCCACCACAGUUAUGCAGGCUCCAACUGGCGGCCUGGAAACAUGGCUUAAAGUGUAUAAUCAGAGUGCAGAGCUAUACUGGAAGCCCUUAGAAAAUUUUCGUGCCAACGGCUGGAAUUUGUUCUACACUGUCGAAUCAAAGAAACCAAAAAAGACUUUGUGUAUUACACAAGAAAGCCACUGCUUUUUCAGUCUCAUCGAUGAGGCCGACAAGAUUUACCUGAGAGUUACUAAUGCAGCAGGGAGCUUGGGUCAUCUAGAAGUACCAGUGUAUCGGAACAAAGGACUGGGCGCUGUCUCUAAUUUCAGUGUUCACCCCGAGUCAGACACAUCUGUGCUGAUCAUGUGGGGGGGAACACCGGCGUCCCUCAGUGUCACAGGAUACGUGCUUGAGUGGAGAUCUUUACUUGAGAAGGCAGCCCUGUCCUUCACUGUGAUGGACAAAAACAUCUCAAGUACUGUAAUAACAGGGUUGAGUCCUUACGAACCCUAUGAGAUGUCUAUUUAUCCCAAAUAUGAUAAAGGGAUUGGAAGUCCACACACAUUAGUGGCAUACAGCAGACAGAAAGCACCAGAGUCGGCCCCAAAGUUGAAAGUGGUUUUCAUUAAUUCGUUUGUCAAACUACACUGGGAUGAAAUCCUCCUUAAAGACAGAAAUGGAAUCAUUCGAGGAUAUACCGUUUACAUUUGGAAUGACAUGAAGAAUAUUAAAGUUAUAAAGACUGAAGAGACCAGCAUUGUGUUGAAAGAUCUGCAACCGGUGACUAAUUAUGAAGCCCUUUUGACAGUUCAUACGAUGGGAGGAAGUUUUAAUGGAUCGGUUGUGCCCCUAGUAACUGGACAUAUUGGUGGAAUUGAAAUGGUCUUGUUUGUUAUCCCAGCGUGCAUUGGGUUAUCGCUUCUCGUCAUCAUUGUUGUGUUCGCCUAUUUUGGAAAAAAUGAACGGGUGAAAAUGUGUUUGUGGCCCAUAAUUCCCGAUCCUGCCAACAGCAGCAUUAAGAGGUGGACCACCGCUGAUUCAAUGCAGGGCAUGCCUUCCUUUAAAGAAGACAAGGAGCCCGUGCUGGUGUAUCUGUCCCACUUCAGUCUUCUCGAUCUGGACGAGAAAGAGCCGUUCAAGAGCGACUAUGUCAAGGAGAACCAGUGGUCACACGUCAUCGACGGUCGUAAUGAGAGUCAUUCCUCAAUCCAGACCUCCGACAGAUACGACUCGGAGCACGACAGGGAUUCUGUCCCUUACGCCACAGUUGUUUUCGGUGGUCCGUAUCAAAACCAUUCCACCUGUCCUCCAACCUACGUUCGCUCCGAGUCCACGCAGCCUCUGUUAGGAGCGGAAGACCCCGGCAGCCCCCCGCCGUAUGAGAACCUGCCACCAAGCGGCAGGGCUUCAUCCAAAGUACAACGCUUCACCACCUUCCCUCAGAAUUCCCCUGAGAGUGAGGAGAACGAAGAACUUUGGGAAGAAUUUCCGAUGCUCAGAUCUUUAGAGAUCAGGGAUACCGAACACAUCUAAACUCCAAUUCAGUUCCAGUUUACGUGCUUGUUUUUAAGGAUGUGCGUGAAGGAAACAUUCGAACCGCAGCUGAACGUGAUCUAAACCUGACUGUUUUGGCUCACCAGACGGAUCUGUUUUUUGCUAAACCGAUAAGCAAACCUAAUCUCUUUUUGUGCGUUUAAAAUGCCCACUCAAGUUUGUUUUUGCUUUUGUUGUAUUAGUAACUUUCUGCAGUAUAGCCAGAAAAUGUAUAUAGGUUAAACAGACCACUGGGGUUACACUGAAUGGGAGAAAACAAUACCCAUUACGGCAGCUCUUAAAGUAAGUCCUUUUUCAGGCAAUAGAGUAAAAUCACUGCCUGGUUUUUAUGCGAAACUUGUUUCAAGAAAUUGUUGCGCUGCCCUUCCAUGUAUAUUUUUAUAACGUUUCGACAGAAUGUCUAUUUUUGUGUCCUUGGCUUAAAAAACGUAUGCAAGCAUAUAUAUUUGUGUGGGGGGCUGUAUAAGAAAACAAGGGGGUGUUUAAAGUAGACUAUCAAAGCAAAGCGUAACCAUGUUUAAUGUUCAUUUUCUUCUCACUUACCUAUUCGCCACGUUAUAUAUUCAUCUGUUGUUUCAGUUUUUUGGAUUGUAGUUACAUCACGCAAUGUGACAACACUUCCUCUGGAAAGGACAAAAUAAGAGUUUCUCCAUUCAUGAUUUUAUACCAGGACGUGUGGUGGUGCAAUGUUUCUAGUAUUGUUUUUUUUUAAGCUCGGCAUGAUCUCGGUGAGCUUUAUAAAAAGGUGUUGUUGUGUUGCAAACCAGCAUGAAAAGUGCAGUCCAGAGCGUUUGACUUCAUUACUUCAAUUUCCCGUAACUAAAUAUAAUGAAUUAAUUGCGUCUUGCAGAUGUUUCAAGUCGAUGUCCAUUAAAUGUCAUUCAGAAAUGCCACAAACGCACUUUUUUUUUUUUUGUUAACAUUUAAUUUAAUUUCUUGCCGCUUACAGUUAAGUGCCACAUCCCAUCAUCCUCCUCCUCGUCCUCCAGUCAAUUCAUAUUUCGGAGCUUUCUUCGAGAAAAUAAAUAUUUGAACUGCAAUGCAUCAAACACAUAAUAUCCAAAGUACCGUGCAAGAAACGACGCAUGAAGAUGCAUUUCCAGAACAACCCGGUUUGCUGGUUUAACAGAAAGUGCUUUGCUAUUAAAAAAAAUAAAUUCAUCCUCUUCUAAACUGA